AUGUCUAAUCUUGAUGAUGAAAUAAAUGAUGCAUGGAAUGAACUAUAUGAUACAUAUGUUGAAGAAAAUAAACUCAAAAAGGAUAAAGAAGUUUUAAAAUUACGAAAAGAUCAGGAAUUACAAAAACAACAAAUUGAUAAAGAUAAAAUUGAUAUUUCAUCAGAUGUACCACAAUUAAAUAAAUUAAUAGAGGCUCAAACUUCUGAUCAUCAAAAGCAAUUGACUGAAGAACUUAAGACUAUAUUAAUAAAAUAUUUUUGGGCUGGUUUCCAAUUAAAUAAAGAUCUAAAAAAUUCAAAUGAUACUGAUAAAUAA